UGUCCCUACUCUGCGAGCUGAGUCCCAGAGGCGGCGGUGGCCUGGAGGUUCCUUACUGAGGGGUUGGUUACCUGCCUCACGUCCGCGGGCCUUAGAGAGGCCUUAACCAGACCCCGCAGCGGGCGGCGGCCGGCCUAGGUAGCGUCGGCCCUGCCCCUCGGCGACGCUGCGGAAAAGCGGGCGCGCUUUGUGAGUCAGAGGUGGCGGCGGGAACUGCUCGGACUCCGGAACGUCCCUCCCUGCCUCCCCGGUGACUGACGAAAAGCUCCCCUGGAAUAGUGAUUUCACCGAGUGACCGUGAGCUCUGGGCGACGCGUAGCUUGUAGUUCUGGCUGCACUCGGCUAUUCAGGAACUUUGUGAGAAUUUCAGUAUAUGGAAACACUGUCUGUGUUCCAACUGGUGUGUAUUCCAAAGGUCUCUGUAAAUGCAGGACCAGAAUAUUGCAUGUCAGUCAGUCAGCCAGCCUUACUCUUAAUGACUCCUGAACUCUCAUGGAUUUCUAAAGAAGCACCAUGGCUGUCGUGAUUCCUGCGUUGCUGCGAGGCUUUGUGGGGGCCAUCUGCGCUCAGGCUGCUUCGAGUAGACUGACACCCAGCGCUUUGCGCCACCUUACUCUAAGCAGCGUAAUGAAAUCCAAAAGGAAAACUGAUCACUUGGAGAGAACUGCAGAUGUCGUUCGCCGGGAGGUGGUGUCAGCAGCUAAGGUGUGUGGAGCAGCUGAUGAGUCCCCAUCUGUGAAGAGGCUCCGCCUGCUUGUAGCUGAUAAAGACUUUUCUUUUAAAGCCGGCCAGUGGGUUGACUUCUUUAUCCCAGGAGUCUCUGUGGUUGGUGGGUUCUCAAUAUGCUCCAGCCCCAGACUGCUAGAACAAGAGAGAAUGAUAGAAUUGGCAGUGAAAUACACAAACCACCCUCCUGCUCUCUGGAUUCACAAUCAGUGUACACUGGACUCGGAAGUGGCCGUGAGAGUGGGUGGAGAGUUCUUCUUUGACCCUCAGCCUGCAGAUGCCUCUAGAAACCUUGUGUUGAUUGCGGGAGGAGUUGGAAUUAACCCUCUGCUUUCCAUCCUGCGGCAUGCAGCAGACCUCCACAGAGAACGGGCGAACAAGGGACGUGGGUAUGAGAUUGGAACAAUCAGACUGUUCUACAGCGCAAAAAACACCAGUGAGCUCCUGUUCAAGAAAAAUAUCCUUGAUUUAGUAAAUGAAUUUCCUGAGAAGAUUGCAUGCAGUUUGCAUGUUACAAAACAGACUACACAAAUCAGUGCAGACCUCAAGCCGUACAUCAUGGAAGGAAGAAUAACGGAGAAGGAGAUAAGAUACCAUAUUUCAAGAGAGACCUUGUUCUACAUUUGUGGCCCACCUCCCAUGACAGACUUCUUCUCCAAGGAACUGGAGAGCAGCCACGUUCCCAAAGAGCACAUCUACUUUGAGAAGUGGUGGUAGGGGGCAGGCACAGGUGCAGAAGGGUGGGAUGGAGGUCCACGAGGACAGGGACAGACAGUACACUCUGUGAUUCGUGGUGGAUGAAUUUACCUCUACCCAGUCUUAGUUUUUAAGGCUGUGAACUCAGUGACUGGUUGGAGAAACAAGAAAAACCAGCUGGCAGACUUAAAUGAUAAACUUGUUGCAAAAACUUCAUUGAUUAAACUGAUUUUCACUACGUUGACUUUCUUUUUUGAAUAACUGCUUGAUUAUCUCAUGAUGUACCUCGAAUUGGUCAAUAGGGAUUUUCUUUCCCCUUAAGGGAAAAAAAGACAUAGACUUUUAUUCAGUCAUAUGAAAAUAUGGUUUUGUGUGUGAAAUGUAGGCUAUCUUUAAAUUAUUUGAUAACAACCUAUAUAUCUUAUGUUGAAUAAAUUUAAACAUAAUUUCA